AUGGGUUUAAUCUUCUCUAGUAAUGGGAAUUCAAAAUCAGUGAAGCUGAACAAGCAGUUAUGUAUUUGCCUUUUGUUGGGCCAUAUUUUCCUCCUCCUUCUCCUUGACCGGCAAAUCGUCAAUCAGUCUCAGAUAGGUUGUGCCAUCUCGGGGAUCUUUCUUCACUUCAUAUUCCUAUGUGCCUUCAUGUGGAUGGCCUUGGAGGGGUUUUUUAUCUAUCGUCAACUUGUCCUGGUAUUUCCAACCGGAUCCAAUCUCUCCACACGGACGUACUUUAUCAUGGGUUACGGUGUUCCUUUCGGGAUCGUCGGCAUCACUGCUGCGGUGUCUUUCGGCACUGAUACAUAUGGAUAUGGUGCUGGAGAAUUCUGCUGGUUGUCACCGCCUCACUACAUCUGGACCUUCGCCGGCCCGGUCCUGGUCAUUAUUCUCUCGAACACUGUUUUGAUGUUUCUGGCGAUUCGAAACAUUAGUCAGAGUGGGAAUGUCCGACAUUCCACUCAGAAGAACGAAGUGUACAUAGUAUGGACCACGACAUCCCUUUCGUGCUUAUUGGGCAUCGGCUGGAUAUUUGGGUUCUUCUACAUGCAAGUCACGCCUGUCUUCAUCUACCUCUUCACCAUCAUCAAUGCCUCUCAGUUAGACCGAAGUCUGGUGAAGCAUAGAUACAUCGCCAGAAUUCGACAGUAA